AUGUUUCUGAAACUGUGCCAGGGGGGCCUGGCCCGCAGGGUCGUAAAGACCGUGCCCCGCUCGCCUACGCAAAGGCGAGAAAUCAGGACCUUCCGUUUUACAACGAAACUGAACAAAUUACACACACAAAAUGAAGAAAUGGCUAGCUGUGAAAAAAAAAACCAAAAAAAAAUUAUGACCUGUUCAGGCGAUUUUGUGGAAAAAGGAAAAAACGCAGACAUACAUUUAGAGCGAAUGGAACAAGAGCAGGAAAGGUUUUAUGUGAACCGAACAAGGGAUGCCACCUGUGAGGGUGACGUGAACUACGUAGGCGAGGUCCCGCCGGGGGAAGAAAACACUUUUGAUGGUGUUAACCAGAAAGGGUUGUCAGAGGAGUAUAAAUUCAUCUUUGAGAGACCGAAGCACCUUGCACACGUGGAUGACGAGCCAAUACUGAGGAGACCAGGAUGCAUAAUAGACAUAAAAACUCUGUUAAGGAACAAUUGGAGCUUCCCAGCGGUGGGGUUUAAUAGCAAAUUAGAAAUUCCUAUUUACAAAUUUGAAUGUGGCCCUGAUGACGAGAACAUAAAGUAUAUGAGUGUGCCGAACGACAUAUUCGGGUUGCCCAUCAGGCCGGACAUACUACACAAGUGUUACUAUUUUUACAGAACUGCUUUGGCAGGGUACACAGAGCGGAUGCAACUGUACAAAUGGGAGUGGCCGGGGAGUACGAAAAAGUAUCGAAGUCAAAAAAAAAGUGGAAAAGCAAGAAUGAAUUGGAGAAAAACCUGCGGUAGGUAUUUGGGAGUGAAAAACCAUCCCCUCAGGCCAUUCGACCAGAGGACCAAGAUAAACAGAAAACUUUUGUGGAAGGGAAUGAAAAUUAUGUUAUCAGCCAAAUUUGCACAGGACCAAAUAAAAGUGGUAGACAAUUUUUUAAUUAAAUCACACAAAACCAAAUAUGCUGUGAAAUAUUUAAGAAAUAUAUUAGGGAAUAAUUGUAACAGUGCUCUGCUUGUGCAUGAAGGGAAAACAGACGUUAACGAUAAUUUUUUUUGGGCCUGCGCAAAUAUAGUUAGCGUUAAAAGGGAAAAUGUUCAUGGCGUAAACAUUUAUAAUUUACUGAAAUAUCGAUAUGUUGUUUUCACAUAUAAAGCAUUACAAAAUUUAAUUUACGAAUUGAAAACAUAUCCACACAAAAUGAAAUGGCUUCCUAAGUGUGCUACUCCAGACAAUUCUGUGGCGCCCAUACCAGAGAAGGUUAAAAACUGGGAUAUAACUUGGAAGGAAAAAAAAAGGAGAAAUAAUUUCGCCUUCUUCGAUAAAGAAGCUUUAAAAAAAAAUAUAGAAGAGUGGAAAUGGAGUAGCGAUUUGAAGGGCCCUCUCAAGGUUAAGAAGAAGGAUCCUUACAAGAAUUUCAUUUUGACAAAAUUUUCCUGCAAUGAGCCCCUUCCUGAAUUUGUUAAAUAUGAAUACCUCUUCAAUGUUGAGGAUUCCCUUGAUGCCGCACACGGGGAUGUAGACGCAGAUGCGGGGGGUAUCCUCGAGGAGAUGCUGAACGACGACGACUACUUGGAGGAACGCUCGGCGUUGUCCGCGCUCGGUCUGGGCGCCACCGGAAACGACCCAAGAGAAGUAAACAAUGAGGACGAUAACAAUGAGGACGACAACAACGAUGAUGACAAUGAUGAUGACAACGACGACAGUGAUCAUGAUGGUAAUGAUGAUGAUAAUGAUGAUGAUAAUGAUGAUGGUAACGAUGAUGGUAACGAUGAUGGGGAGUAUCCCCAUGAGGAGCUCCCCCCGCGUGAAUAG